AUGUCGAUGUGUUGCAGGAGCUGUAAGAGUAAGGCUUGGGUUGUGAUUGAUCACGCGGCGAGGAAGACAAGUUGCUCAGAGUGUGGUUUUGAUUUUGGAUAUUACGCAAUCAAAGAAGAAGGUGUCGAUUUAGCGGAGAUCGAUACCGUUCGUCUCGGUGAUUCGACUUCGUUCGAUGAUUUCUUGUCCUCUUUUAAUGGAAAUCCACAGAAACUUAGCUCCGAUCUCGUCUCCAUCUCAGCUAUGUGCGAUAGGUUGGGUCUUCUUGCAACAGUUAAGAGUCAGGCUUAUGAGAUCUUAAAGAAAGUGGAGUAUAAAAGCAGGAAAAGAAAUCGAAACGCCUUUUUCGCUGCUUGUAUCUACGUUGCUUGUCGACAAAACGAUAUGACUCGGUCUAUUUGGGAAAUAUUCUCUGUUGCCAAUGGAGCAACGCGUUCGGAUAUUAACAAGGCGAUUGGGGUCAUAGCUAAGACACUGAACAUCGAGAAAAAUUGGUUGAUGCGUAUCAAAGCUGCUGGAUUUAUAGAUCGGUUUUGCUCUAGCCUUGGAAUGUGUAGCCAAGCAGUUAACGCUGCUCACGAAGCUGCGAAAAGUUUUGAAUGUGUUAAUAGUAGUAGUUCUCCUCUAUCAGUUGCAGCAGCAGUCAUAUAUGCCAUUGCUCGACUUUCUGAUCAAAAGAAGCCGCUCAAAGGUAUAGUAAAGGCCACUGGAGUUGCAGAAAACACUAUACGAAAAACAUACAGGAGCUUGUAUCCACAUCUGUCAACAAUAAUACCGAAGUGGUUUGCCGAGGCAAAAGACAUGAAUGCUUUGCAUUCCUAG